AAUCCACAGCCCUCUGGCUCACAAGGAUAAAGGAGUCUCUCCAAGGAAGACAGAGAAAAGCAGCACAAGGACUUCUCCCUCUUUUUUAAAGCAUCCUCUGCCGUCUUUCUCUCCACUCUCUCCUCUUGCUAUCCACCAGCUCCUGGUGUUUCUAUUCUGCCUCCUUUUUUCCUCCAUCUCUUUUGUUCCCUGCAUCCGUCUCUGUUCCACCUCGAUUCAGAAACAAGGAAGAGAAGAGAAGAGUCAGAGGCAUCAUCCUCUCCUCCUGCACGCCCAGCCGGUGGUGGGUGCUGAUGCUGUAACCUCUGUGUGGAGCUGACAAGCCCUGGUUGAUGCAGUGAAGUGUUACAGAGGGAUAAACACAAGCGAAGGUCGCCAGCCAUGGGGAACCUCAUUAAGGUCCUUGGCAAGGAUUUAGAGAACUGUCCACAUUUUUUCCUGGACUUUGAAAAUGCCCAGCCCACGGAGGCAGAGACGGCCGUGUGGAACCAGGUCAGCGCUGUGCUGGAGGAGGCUCAUGGGAUCCUAGCAGAGCUGCAGUCCUAUAACGGCGCGGGCCAGGAGAUACGAGAAGCCAUCCAGAACCCUGGUGACCUCGCUUUACAGGAGAAGGCCUGGAACGCAGUCUGCCCCCUGGUGGCCAAACUGAAGCGCUUCUAUGAGUUUUCCCUCCGACUGGAGAAUGCACUGCGCAGCCUGCUGGAGGCUCUGACCAGCCCGCCGUACGCUCCCAUGCAGCACCUGGAGAGAGAGCAGGCCCUGGCCAAACAGUUCGCUGAGAUCCUUCAUUUCACGCUCAGCUUUGAUGAACUAAAGAUGACAAACCCAGCCAUUCAGAAUGACUUCAGCUACUACAGGAGGACUAUAAGCAGGAACAGGCUGAACAACCAGCAGCUGGAGGCGGAGAAUGAAGUGAACAAUGAGAUGGCCAAUCGGAUGUCUCUGUUCUACGCUGAAGCAACACCAAUGCUGAAGACUCUGAGCAACGCCACCACCAAGUUUGUCUCAGAGAAUAAGACCUUGCCCAUCGAGGACACCACAGACUGUCUUAGCACCAUGGCCUGUGUGUGCCGCGUAAUGCUGGAGACACCGGAGUACCGCUGCCGGUUCACCAACACAGACACCAUGCUGUUCUGCAUGAGGGUGAUGGUGGGAGUCAUCAUCCUCUACGACCACGUUCACCCUGUUGGGGCUUUUGCCAAGACCUCCAAAAUUGAUAUGAAGGGCUGCAUCAAGGUGCUGAAAGAGCAGCCGUCCAACAGCGUGGAGGGCCUUCUGAACGCGCUGAGGUACACGACACGACAUCUAAAUGAUGACAGCACCUCCAAACAAAUCAGGGCCCUCCUGCAAUGAAGAAGAGGAGAGGGAUGGAGAGAGGAAGGAAGGAAGGAGUGCACUUGAAGGAGGGAGCAAACGCCAGUGGCUGAUAAACCUGUUUGUUUACAACGAACAAAGGAAUUCAUCUCCAGGUUCACAGAAACCUGAUGAUAAUAAGAAGAGGAAAAUAAGUAUAUAUAUUGUCAGCUGUCCAUCAUUCUGUCUCUCAUUUUGUAAAGUAAGAAAAGAGAAAAAAGCCAGAAAAGAAAAUAUAGAUAUAUAUUAAAACAAGUGAAGAACAAGCUGCAGAUGAAAAAUAAGUAGGGGUUAAGAGGGAGCUAUAUCGCAAAAUUUACGGUCAGAGGCAAAAUGUACAAAAAAGGGGGUUAUGUUCCGAUGAGUAUUUUUGCACACACUUUAAAAACAACGCCAUCUCCUUUCCCUUAAAUCUGAUCCUGGAUACUCACCUUUGACCCCUCAUACAUUCAGUUUUACCUGCACCGUCUCCUUCAGGCGCACUGAUCUCCACCUACAGGUGAUUGAUUAUGGAGCAAUGUGAUGGAUCCACUCCGGAGAUUUGCUUCCGCCUGUUUCUUUCUUUUUCUGCAUCCGUGCACCUGAAGGACGGGAGGCAAGGACACGAGUAGUCUUCUUAGGACCUCUUCAUGGCUCAUCUCUCGCCCAUCCUUCAUCUCGUCAUGGGAUCUGUAGUUUUUCCUUGACACAAAUAGACCCCACCCACGUCGUGUGCCCUUAACGCUGUAAACGUUCCAGCACAAAACAUCGUGUGAAUUUGUCUGGCUUUACUUGAACAAUGUUGUUCACUCUCUCUCUUUCUCCAUGGUGCUAAUGUGGUUUAGAAAUCACAGCGAUAUUUUUAGCUACUAUAAAAUAAUUAUCACCCCUUUUUUGCACUGAUAUGUUGAAUCUAAACGCCUUGAAACAGCUUUAAGUUACAGCGUGAUUGCACAUCAGUGACAAACAGGGAAUCCUUUAGAAUCUGAGAAAUGAACCGUAGGAAACCACAGCACACUUACUUGUUCACCCAGUGCCAAAGCUGAUUGGUUUUUGCUUUUAUUACAUCUUUGAACCGGCUUGAGUUGUUAAAAUCGAGCUGAAAAUCCCUGAUCAUCACUUUUACGUACACACGAGUCAGUGAGAGCAAACACAAGCGUCAAACAUAUUUCCACACGUGCAUUCUGAGGGAGAGAUGUGAGCGCUCCAGUGUAAAUAUGUGAAGUUUUCUCAGCAGGCAUCUACAUGGUCAGCUUGGGUCCUCAAGGAAAAACACAUCUAUAUCCAACAGAGGUUCUUUUUUUUAGUUGUUAAAGAGCUUAGUAACUGGUUAAGUGGGAAAUAAAAACGAGAAUAAAAAAGAUUCAAAUGGAGAUUAAAAAGAAGUGCUGUACUUUGGAUGUCUAUAGCCCUUAGUCUAAUUUAAUUUGAUCUUAUAAUAUAUUUUCUAUACAGGGGUAUGUGCACAAGCAUAGUCUGUAUAAAUAUAUAGAUGGCAUGUUGUAAAAGUUCUGACAGAAAUGUGUAAAUAAGGUGUUUUUAUUCAUUUUUAAUUGUUCAGUGACGCUGAAAUUGGGUAUGUGUUGUCUCUCAGAAUUACCAUGCAUUUGGCUUGGACCAUCGGACUUGCCGUAGUCAUAGGUUUAAGAAAUUCAGCUUAAUUAUGGCGAAUGAACCAGA